ACAGAAACGCAGCGCCACGACCACUCCAGCAGCCUACGUCUGUUUGGUACGGACUGCUGAAACUUGUGCGCAGAGAGGCGGAUAGAGUCACUCGUCCCAGAUAGAGGAUUAAAUUCACGCUUUCUUUUCUUUUUUCCCCCUUUUUCUACUCCUCCUCCUCCUCCUCCUCCUCCUCUGGUUUCGUGUUACAAAGCCUUGGGAGGGAGUUGCGCGGAGAGCCAGUUCCUCCGUGUUACAAACUGAAUGACAGGAUCAUAUGGCUGGAUUUGCCUUAUAGUCCAACCAUUAAAAACAGAAAAGGUAGAGGAAAUAAAAUACGAGAGAAGAGGAAAGCCGCGCACGAAUUCAUCUGAAAUUGAUGAGGGUGUGGAAUAAUUUAUAAGUCAAAUUAAAAAAACAAAAUCCGAGAUAACGGAGAACGAAGAGAGGGAGGGGGAAAAGGAUACCAGAUCUGGCCUCAGAGAAAGACUGGGAGACGGAGAGGAAAGCGUUGCCUGUAAUCCCCACCACCAUCCCCGUAAUAAUAAGCCCAAUGUGACCUUCAUCUGAGUCAAGUGUCUUCAUUCAGCAUUCACUGCGACGAGAGUGGCGGAGAAAAAACUGAAUUGGAUAUUAAGAAGAAAGCUCACAGACACGCGAGGGAGGAGAAGAAAAAAAAGCUGCCAGGAGCCGGGCUGCUCUAUCCAGUCCCUCCGAUCAACAGAUUGAGUUCUCGAUCCAUCACUCCAAGGCCAGUUCCGUCGAAUGGGAGCUGACAUGGGAGCCCUGGGCGGGACCAAGGUCUUGCUCCUGGUGUUUCUGGUUGGAUGGGAGAAGUCGCUGGGUCUCAACUGGAACCCCGUCCCACGCAAGACUGUUCGGUACCGAGAUGUGUUGGACAGCAUGGCACGGUUCAGCGUUCAGGGAGUGUUCAACUACAGCAUGCUGACUCUGUCCGACCACGAGAGGGUUUUGUACGUCGGAGCGCGGGAGGUGUUGUUCGCCCUGGACCCCAACGACAUUAGCAAACAGCUACGGCCACAGAUCGACUGGCCGGCUCCGCAGGAUAAGAAGAGAGAGUGUGUUGCCAAGGGGAAGACCAACCAGGUAACAUGGACUUCAGCUGACAGUGUAUGUGUGUGUUUACAGAACGCAGACUAUUUUACCCUCAACACUGCUGCCCUGGAAGAUGGGAAGGGUAAAUGUCCAUACGACCCUGCCAAGGGGCAUACUGGCCUGAUAGUGGAUAAGGAGCUGUAUUCGGCAACGCUCAACAACUUCCUGGGUACAGAGCCAGUCAUUCUGAGGAACCUGGGCCAACAGCACUACAGCAUGAAGAGCGAAUACCUGCCUGCCUGGCUCAAUGAGCCAGACUUUGUGGGUUCUGCCCUCGUGAGGGAGAGCAGCGGCACUAAAGAGGGGGACGACGACAAGAUCUACUUCUUCUUCAGUGAGCGAGCGUUGGAGCUGGACUGUGACACGGAGCUCACUGUGGCCAGAGUGGCCCGGGUCUGCAAGGGGGAUCUGGGUGGUACCAGGACCUUGCAGAAGAAGUGGACCACUUUCCAGAAAGCCCGGCUGGAAUGCUCUCUACCUGAGCGCCAUGUCUCCUUCAACAACCUGAGGGCCGUCUUCACGCUGCCGGGCCAAGACUGGCGAGGCACCACCUUCUUUGGCAUCUUCCACGCCCAGUGGGGCGACGUAGACGUGUCGGCGGUGUGCCAGUACCAGAUCAGUGACGUGAAGAAGGUGUUUGAAGGAUCAUACAAAGAGUACAGGGAGGCAUCUCAAAGGUGGGGGCGCUACACCGGUGCUGUCCCCGUCCCACGGCCUGGAUCGUGUAUAACUAACUCAGACAGGGAGAAUGGCUACAACAGCUCUCUGCAGCUGCCUGAUGCCACACUCAACUUUGCCAAGAAGCACCCGCUGAUGGAGGACAAAGCUCUGGCUCGCCCCCUGCUGCUCUCCAAGGGUGUCAACUUCACACGGCUGGCAGUGGACCGGGUUAGCUCCCUGGACCAGCGGGCGUACAACAUGCUCUUCAUCGGCACAGCGGAGGGCUGGCUGCAGCGGGUGGUGGUCCUGGGCUCCGAAGCCCACGUCAUAGAGGAGAUCCAGCUGUUUGAGACCGCCCAGCCAGUGGACAGCCUGACCAUCUCGCACUCCAAGAAGUACUUGUACAUCGGCUCUCGUUCGGAGGUUCUCCAGCUGCCCCUGGCCAACUGCAGCCGCUAUCAGUCCCAGCCAGACUGUCUGCUCGCCCGCGACCCCUACUGCGCCUGGGACAGCGAGGGGCGGGCCUGCGUUCGCAUCGACCUGCACCGCGGGUCCACUUCAUCCCUGUCCCAGGACCUCAUGCUGGAAAGGUUCAGCCGGGGGAAAGCCAAGUUUGAUAAGCCUGUCUCCAUCCCCAGCCCUGAGCACUCCCGUCUGAGGAACGUGACAGUGGUGGUGGGGUCUGACAUGGUGUUGCCUUGCCAGCUGGUCUCCAACCUGGCUCAGCCCUGCUGGGUUUUCAACGAACGUGAGCUCCAGCUGGGGGACCCCGAAGCAGGAGGGCCACACUUCGACCGCACCCUCAAAGCACUCGUCGUCCCUGAAGCGGGCCAGAUUCAAGCGGGCCGCUACAUCUGCUACUCUGAGGAGCAGGGGGUGAAGUUUCAGACAGAGCGCUACCAGGUGGCCGUGGUAGCCAGCGCUCCGGUCUUCAUGGAGGCCCGGGCUCCAGACAGUAGCAUGGGGCUCUUCUGGGUGCUGGUCAUCACCCUGGGAGCGGCGUGCCUGCUGCUCCUUGUGGCUGCUCUUUACUUGCGCAGGAGGUUAAAGCUGGCCCUGGGAAAAGGAGCCGACAUGAAGCCUCUGGAGAGCACCCUGGUCUACCCCAUCACCCUGCCCAAGGAGCCGCCCACCUUUGUGCCCAGCAAGAUGCCCAGCGACGAGGACCGCUUCUGGGAGACGGGCGCUAACUACUACUACUCGGACGGCUCGCUGAAGAUCGUUCCCGGCCACGCCCUGGGGCCCAGCAGCGUCAGCAGCACGGCGUCGCCCAGCGCCAUUCCUGGGCAGCCCAUCCACUCCCCCAGCCGUCUCAGCCUCACCAACAUCCGAGGCUCCGGUAGCAACGGCUACAUCCGCCUCAACCUGAGCACAGCAGGGGAGGAAAGGGCUAGCGGGGCUGGCGCUGGGGGCGGCGGGCUGGGAGGCCUGGGCAUGGGCGGGAACGACUACUCCAGCCCCUUCAAGGAAGAGCUGAGACGCACGCUGCAGCAGAGAAGCGUGCUGCCCGACGCCAACCCCGAGGAGUCAUCGGUCUAGGCCUGUCCUCCUCCUUCUCCAUUCCCUGAGUUGGAAAAACAAAACAACCAACCUACCUCCCUCCUUUUGAGGAAGCCUGCUCUCUCUCUCUCUUUCGGUGACACGCUGUCAAUUCCCCCAUACUCUCUCUCGGUCUGCCAAUGCCUGUUUGGCUCACUGUUGACAUUUACAGCACACAGCAUGUUAAAUAUACACACUCAUACACUUUGUUCGCCGACGUGCACUCCUAUAAUAAUUAUGUUCUGGGCAACAUGCAGUCAUGGCCAUGGCUUUUCUGCUUCUACUGUGCAAUCGCCGGUCAUGUAAAUUGUGUAUUUAAAAAGGCUGAACGCAGGGGAGAACACCUCAAGCAUGGAAAUCAAACAAAAGGCGUUACAUGUUUUCUGAAGGGCACAUUUCUUUUACGUUGGGUGGACCAAGAGGGUUUUAACCCCCCUGAGCUGAAACCAGUUGACUAACGGCAAGUGCAACCAACUGGAAAUGUUGAACUGAACUGCUGUCCUUCUGUUCCUUUGGGGACUUUUUUCAGCUUAUUGCACUUAAAAACUGGAAGCGUGUCUUCCCUUUUUUGUAUUUGUGAGCCAAGAGUAUGAGAGCGGUAUGAAGAGACUAAUUAAUCUCGAAGCAAGACGACAAUCACGUCCCCGUAGCAGGAGCUCUGCGAGGGACAGAGAGGACGGGAGAGAGAGCGGGAGA